AUGAUCAAACAUGGAAUUUUAUUGUUGGAACGGGCGCUUCUAAUCGGUUCCGAGGAUCAACAAAUAAUUGCGGAUAUCAAUUAUCAAUUAGGCAAUGCUUAUUUUUCUCUACAUGAUUUUGAACAAGCGAAGAAUUUCUUCAUUAGUGAUUUGACUUUUUCCAAGUAUUUUUAUUUUUAA